UUAUGCUUGUUGGCACAAAUUUGUGUAAUAUGAACUCCGGGAUGUUCUUCGGGUAUAGUAUGCAGAGUCAGCUGGUGAGUCUAGCGGUUGGGCAGAGACCGGGCUCCUCGCAUGGCGGGAGUGCCUCGGGAACGGCGCCCCCGACACCAGUUCACGGUCACACUGAGGGAAAGCGGUCCCCGCAGACGCCCUCGGAGCGCACGGGGGCGCCCCCUGGCGCGGGGAAGGACGCGGUGAAACUAUUCAUUGGACAGAUACCGAGACACCUCGAGGAAGAUGACCUACGUCCGAUGUUUGAGGAGUUCGGGAAGAUUUACGAGCUGACCGUACUUAAGGAUAAGCACACUGGAAUGCAUAAAGGGUGUGCUUUCCUGACCUACUUCAAUCCAGAGAGUGCAUCAAGCGCUCAGUCGGCGCUGCAUGAAAAACGGACAUUGCCAGGGAUGAACCGAGCAAUACAGGUGAAACCAGCGGACAGCGAAAAUAGAGGAGAUCGGAAGCUGUUCGUUGGCAUGCUCAGUAAACAACAGACUGAGGAGGAUGUUCGCCAGUUAUUCACACCAUUCGGUACAAUAGAAGAGUGUUCCAUUCUUCGUGGACCCGACGGAGCGAGUAAAGGUUGUGCAUUCGUAAAGUUCAGCUCACACCAGGAGGCACAAGCGGCGAUCACGAGCCUCCACGGAAGUCAAACUAUGCCGGGUGCGUCCUCGAGUCUAGUGGUGAAAUUCGCUGACACCGAGAAAGAGAGACAACUCCGACGUAUGCAGCAGAUGGCUGGCAACAUGAGUCUACUCAACCCCUUCGUGUUCAACCAGUUCGGAGCUUACGGCACCUACGCGCAGGUCAUCACAGAGCAGCAACAAGCGGCUCUGAUGGUGGCGGCGACCGCACAAGGCUACAUCAGUCCAAUGACGGCGCUCGCGUCGCAUGCGCUCAACGGCAUGGCCAAUUCCGUCGUACCACCCACCUCUGACAACUUCACGGGCCUCGCGAUAGGCACAGGAGGCGCGCAGCCGUUGAACGGAGCGCUGCCGUCCCUCCCCUCACCGACCAUGCCAGGCUUCAACAUGGCGGCCCAAACUGCCAACGGACAGCCCCCGCCGCAGGAUGCCGUCUACACCAACGGCAUACACCAGACGUUUACUGGACCGGUGCCUGUGACCGCGCAAGGCCUCCCGAACGGCGAGGCGGCCCUGCAGCACGCGGCCUACCCGGGCAUGCAGCCGUUCCCAGGAGUCGCUUACCCGGCGGUAUACGGACAGUUCCCUCAGCCAAUCCCACCUCCGAUGUCGACUAUUGCGCCGGCGCAGAGAGAAGAUUUUCUUAUGUUCCCAGGAUGCUCCAUCUCCGGUCCUGAGGGUUGCAACUUGUUCAUCUAUCACCUGCCGCAAGAGUUUGGUGACGCAGAGCUGAUGCAAAUGUUCCUACCCUUCGGCAACGUCAUCAGUUCCAAAGUCUUUAUUGAUCGGGCCACCAAUCAAAGCAAAUGCUUCGGUUUCGUAUCGUUCGACAACCCAACGUCGGCCCAGGCAGCUAUCCAGGCGAUGAACGGCUUCCAAAUAGGAAUGAAGCGGCUGAAAGUGCAACUGAAGCGGCCCAAGGAUGCUAACCGGCCUUACUAACCCUAGACGCCGUCCCUGCGCGCCCACUACGUGCCCAUGGAGGCGGCUGGAAUGUUUCCCUCGCCAGCGGCGCACGUGAUCGCGUAUUAUCAACAAUUCCAAGGAAUUUACACAUUUAUUGUAUAGUGAAUAUCAUUACCUACAUACUUAUCUAAAGAAUUAUGCAAGCCCACUCGGCGAGUAUACUAAAUUAGUUAAAGUAAUUUAUUAAAUCAGCGCGUAGGAAUGCUUCAUUCUUAUCAUUAUCGAUUAAUCAUUAAAUUACUCUAUUAUAUUAUUAUAUAUACAAUUUAUUAACUUUGAUUAAAUUAUUAUUAUUAUUAUAAAAAAAAAUGACACGUUAUAAAAAUUUUGUCAUUCGUAAUCAUACUUCUACUACUAAGUACUUAACGUUUAACUGAAACUUUAACAUAAAUUUAUUAAACUAGUUAUUUGCUUGAACUAAGCCAAACUGAAUUUAUUAAGUAAGUUGAAAAUGUAAGAAAAAAUGUAUUUUAAUUAUUGUAUAUUGCAACAAAAUGUGACGCCGGGGGCGCGCCAGCAUCUGUUCUAAUUUGUUGUUCCGCUGGUGGCGGUGCGGCUCGGUCCCGGCCCGGCCCCGGCUCGGUCCCAGCCCGGCCCCGGCCCGGCCCCAGCCCGGCCGCAGGUCGACGUUCCGUUUGACGUGGGCGCGAUGCUCGCGCGGCGCCCGGCUCGUCGCGGACACUGUUGUCUCCCUCCGCCGAACAUGAUCACACUAAUAUAAGUGCUCGGUAUAGAUCACUAUUGGAGUAUAUAUGUCCUAUAUUUUGUUAAAUUAUAUUAUGUGUGUGUCUGGUAAGCUAAUACGCGGGGUGUACCACACGACAGUUCCCUAUACGCGACAUCGCGCAUCUCUUUAUCUUUCGAUUGUUUGACUGAGACGUGACAUCCGAGCGCCCUCUCGGCCGUUCUCUUCUAAACUAAACGUCUGUACAUCACGAUUUGCUAUUAUUUUGUAUGUCUACUAUGGAAACGUGCGUUCCGUCUCACUCAAACAACACAGCGAGCCGUUUACGACACGAACACGCAGACAAUACACAACAUUGUACAUAAUAUCUACACGAAGCAGUCUGUCUGUACUUGGUACGCCCAGCUCACAAACCUACAUGUUAGUGAAUGAUGUUGUUAACAAAAUUAAAUGUUUGUAUUUAACGCUGUGUACAAAUGAAAGUGCACUUCAACAUAAGACCGAAUACUUAGGCCUUCGUUUCGAAAGAUCGUGUUAUUAUGUGUUGUAAAUUCCAAAUGGGCUGUGAUAUAAAAAAAAUAUAAUAUCAACAUAAUGGACUGUACAGGCCGUUAAUCUCUAUUGCAUAAUCUAUGUUGCGCUCUACGGAUCCGCUCGCACACCACUCUCAUUCACAUAUGUGCCGUAACGUAUGAAAAUAUUAAAUGUCCUUGUACGCAAAUAAAAGGUAGCCACUCCGAACACAGUCGGCAGCAACAAUUGGAAACACGACAUACACAGCAAUCGUAUGCAGCUAUCCGAAUUUGGAUACUUUCUGAAGUUUCAUUAUAUAAUGGAAUAAAACAAUUUAUUUUUAUACAUAAACAGAAAAAUUUCAGGAAAUAUCACGAAUCUCGGGGAAUCCCCUACAAGGUCCGAGGCCUAUUCUAAAUUUCCGAAUGAUGCGAUUGAUUAUCAACGGACACCUAGGACGGUUGCCUGUUUGCAGUGGUGUGCGUGAGGUCCCAUACUUCGCUCCAACGCGACGUCAAUUCAUGAGCGUGCUUCCCCAACUUUUGUUUUGUGCAUUCGUGUGUGUGUCUAUACAUAUAUAAAACUAUUCGUGUUAAGAUGUUAAAUACAAUAACUGUGACGAACUGCGUCCAGGGAGUCAACAGUGAUUGGUACGCGAUUAAACAGAUUACAAAACUAGUGUAAUUUCUAUACAGACAAAAAUAGAUUCAUAAUCAAAAAGUACCAAUAUAAAUAUAAAAUGAUACUGAGAUACCUUAGAUAUAUUGUGUGCGCGCGGGCGGGCUCCAGCCCCUGUGUGCUGGCGGUGAAGCGGCCCACUGCGGCCACGCGCGAGAGUUGCCCGCUUCGCAAACACUUCACUAUAAUACAUGCUUGUUUGUCCAUAAUGAACGCAGUUUGUAAACAAAAAUAGUCGCAACUUAAAUCUAAAUUAAGUGUAAAAUAUAUAUUUAAAAAAUAAGAAAAGCAUCAGCUGAAGAAGGCAACUCUUUAUCGGCGCAGCGGCGACUGUGCCCGGCGAGGUCGCAGCGGGGUCGCGGCGAGGUCGCAGCGAUGUCGCAGCGCGGCCGCGCGCUAGCGGCCGCCGCCCGCCUCUAGUCAAAUAUUACACUCACCACAAGACAUAGAAUUUUAUAUUUACACAAAUAAUUAUAUUAUAUUGAUAUAGUAUUCUAGUUUUAGGCGUUUGAUUUACGAGUAAGCCAAUGUAUAAAAUGAUAUACAUGAAAAAAUUGUCGUUUAAGUGUGUAUAGUUCUUUUUCUUAAACUCACGAUUGUGCAAUACGUUGUUACGCUUUUUAAAUUGUUUUAGCGUCGUUUUUGUUCAUGGAUGCCAUUAUUUUACUUAUAGUACUUAUUAUGUUACCGUUUUAGAUUAUUCGUCGACGUGGUCUCGUUUUGUAAUCCGACUGUAGAGCCGGCCUCAUGUUAAAAGCACAAAGUAGGGGUCGCUGCGGCCGCGACGGGAUAUGAUUAAAUUGCGUAGACGGUGCUUCGUAGGAGAUACGGAUCUUUGAGGCGAUACCACGAGGUCCCAUAAGAUUAAACACCAAGUUGCAAACUUUAAGCGAAAUAAUUUUACGGUAUCGACGUAUCGCUUCGUCGAUCGUUCGUUUCCCGUUACGGAACAAAGGGCGACCCUGAAUUAUUAGAAAAAUAAUGUACAUACGUGUAGACGUGACUCAAUAGCGAUGGUGUCAGCGGUUGUUGUUGCGCACAAAGGCCGAGCUCGAGUCGAACUGAUGAGUGGAGUGCAAGCGCUGACGAUAGCGGAGCGGCGGCGGCGGCGCGGACGGGCCGCAGCCGGCGCGGCGCCGAGCCGCGGCACGCCCGCGCCGCGCGCUUUUAGGUUACAGAUUAAUCGAUGCCAAACCGGAACACGUAUACUUAGUAUAUCGAUUAUCGAUAAUAUCACCUCGUGGGUAAUGUAGAAGUAAACGCCCGGGGCCCGGGGCCCGCCGCCGCGCGGUGGCACCGUCCCGGGCAAUUAAUAAUAUUGUGUACUUAUAUCUUUAUACUGAUUAAAAUUAAAUUCCCUAAAGAUAUAUUGCGGUGACGCGAACGUUUGUAAUAGAUUAAUGAGUCCUCUCUGAAUGUAUAAACAAUCGCCCAUAAAAGUGAUUCUAGGAUACAGGGUAUGCUUUGCAAUUAUUUAAAUGUAUCUAAAUGUUUUUCAUGUAGGCAGAUUUUGCCGACUCUCUCACUUAGUCUACGAUUCGUCGUACUACAUCCCGGCGGCGGCGCGCUCCCGGGGCGCCGCGUCUCUCUCGGGUCCACUCACUAGUCUGUCGCGACUUUUUAUACUCUCUCGUACUAUCGUAGCGUACCGACUCAUCCUCAUCACAUUACUGUACCGCGCGACUCUAAGAGCUCUUUCACGGUGGCUAUUCGACUGACGAUUUAUGAGCUUGUUUUCAGUGACUUUGGUGUACCACCAUCGCGGCAAAACGGCGUCUCCUGACGUGUCAAUGCCCAGUACUGUGACCGAAGUCGCGCUGCAAACGCUCAAUACACGUCUUCAAAUCGUCAGCUUGUAAAGUCUCGAACACUAGGCGCUUAGCUGUUUAUUUCUAACACCCGUCGACAUACUCAUCCCAAAUUAAAGCGAUUUGCGUUACUAAGUAUCCUCAUUCACUUAUCAUCGUGCCAUACUUAUUGCGGGUGAUGCGUGCGCGUCGCUCGUCAGCGAACUAACGGGCCUUUGCUAAUCAGUAAACGCCAUAACGCCUGCAACUUCUUUCGGCUUAGACACGUGCCAAUACAAUAUUCAAAUGACUACCCUGUGGAACAGGCGACAAAGCCCGAAAUGCCGUAGCGGCACGACGCGACGUUCACGUCUCGCUACCCGCACGCACAGUUCGAUAACAUUAUUAGUAUUACGAAAUCGAAUUUCUUAAAACUAUUUAACUCCUAAAGUUUUAUAACAUAUUUAUAUCGUUCGCAUUAAUUACAAUUCGUCGUAGCGCUCGCGUACACGUUGAACAUUCUCGAUGCACUCAAGGACGUUUGAAUCAUUUGUAAAUGAUAUGCGAGACGAAGCGGAUCGUUAUAUAGGCGUAGGUAGAUAGACCGUCGGAUGGUGGGCGCCGCGGCGCCGCACGGGGCCGUGCGGGCCCGCGCGGCGCCGCGGGGUCGCCCGCGAACUCACAUCACACACACAGGGCUACUGACACCGUUCGAUGUUAGUUACUAAGAUGAAUGCCAAUAUUUUAAUCAGAGAAAGAACAAACAUUAGAUUCGGAAUAAUUAAUCAUAUUAUUAUAUAUAUAUCUAUUUAUAUAAUAAAAUAUGGAGAGAGGCGCAUAGUGCUUUUAUGAAUUGUAGAACCUAGUAAUGAAACAAAACGUCUAGUCAUAUCUCUUUCUGUUAUUUAUUUUUUCUAUCGCUUAGCAUAGUUUAGCUUCAAGCACACUUUAAUCGAUUCUUACGUACGACAAACUGGGAACGUAUUUUAUAUACGAUUGUUUUAGGGAGACUUACGUUACCAUUGCGUUUUUAUUUCCCGCAUCGUGUCGCUGUAACCACGCGGCGGCACGUUAACCUGUACUCGUAACCUUUCUAAAAUAAGUUAACAGUGCAUUAAACAACGGUUAUACGAAAUUAUGGUGUCACAUAUUUUUCAUAAGUUAUCCAGAAUGCUGUUCCAAUCUAAUGAUAUAUUUAUGUUCACCCAUAAUUUACUUAGAUGCAUACAUUAAAUUUAAGUGUGAGAUAAUUUAUUGGUAUAAACAGGUAGAUCACGAGUUUCGAAUGGUAUAACCGUUUGGUUAAGUUAGAAGUUUAAAGUUACCUUAGUAAGAGCAAGUUAAUGAGAUUAAAUGAUUUAGAUAGACGAUGUAACCGUCAUAGUUCAGCUAUCAAUUACCGAAGCGCAGGAGUGGCGCCGCCGGCAGCCGCACGCCACUCCAAGUUUCAGAAACAAAUUCGCGCCGUCCGUGUAAAGAAAUCUCUGUGUAUAAUUAAUUACUCUGUAACCGAUGGUUUCGUUCUUGAUAAUUUUGGACGCUAUGAAACAGUAGUUGAUCGUGAGGUAUUGGUGUAGCGGACGUCAGUUGCCAGUACCGUGCACGUGUAGUUUGCCCCUAACUCGAUUGUAAAUACAAACAUAAUGUGACGUCAUAUCUUUAGGAGCUUACUAGCCUUUUGCCCCGAGCGAUCUCGGGCGGGUGACAGGGUGUCGCUGUUUAAUGCUAAGUGAAAAUCAUAAUCAUUAACAGUUUAGAUUGGUAACAGCCGAAUUUCUAAUUGAUAAACUUAAUAUAGUUCGGGCGACGGAGAUCUCGUAGGGAUCGGAAGGAGCGUGUUGGGAUAUUUACUCUGAUAUUCGUUUGCCUUUCUGACAUGCCUUCCGUUCUUAUAAGCUUGCAUGGGCUGAGAUUCAAAGACACUCUUGUGAGUUUUAUUCACGACGUAUGAGAAUUUUAUACGAUUGUGAUCAUUUUAAGUUGCGUGUGAAACUUGAACGUUCUCAUAUCUAUUGUGUCUACAGUGUCAAGUGUCUACCAUCAACAAGAGCUAUAGAUUCAUCUAAAUAUAUUCAACUUGACGUUAAAUCGAAAUUUUGGCCCACUCAAGAGAAAAAUCUAUAUCCGAUCGUAAUGUUACGAAGUCAUGAAAGUUGGCUACAUAUAUCUGCCCCCAGCCUCAGUCGCCCAAGCCCAAAAAAUACAUGGACCUAUAAUAGAAUACUCGUGUAUGUCCCAUACAUUGUUCUGGAUAACUUAUAUUGGAAUAGUUAUAGUAAACGAACACCUUUAUUCGGAAUUAUUAGAUUUUACAUUUCGAUAACUCGAGAACAAUCGAAUAUUAAUUAUAAUAACAGGUUUCAAUCACGAAACAUCGGUGAAUCGAUUCUUGAGAUAUCGACUCGGAUUAUCGAAUAAUCGGAGCAAGGGACAGAGAGUAUAGCUGUUUACGUACAUAUUAUAGCUUAGCAUUGGGAUGCCUGAGAAGGCAUCUGUGAUAUACGCUUGUAAUGAUCGUCCAAACCUACUAUAUAUUAAUAUCGUACCCUCCGUUCUACUGUUACGUUCCUUUCCCACAAAGGACUAGAAUGUCACCCAUAGUGUCAUAUUGGGUUCGAUUCUGAAGUACUAUUACCCUAAGAUUAUCUCUAAAAUUUUAUAUUGAUAGUUUAGGAAAUACAUUAUGUUAAGGACCACCCAAGAACCAAAUUUAAAGCACUUCUAACUCAAACGUCUUAUAAAUUUGGUUUAUAUUUGGUCGUAGAAUUGAUUUAAAUAUAUUAUUAUUAGAUUUUGUAAUUAAAAAUUAAAAUUUUAGUUUUAGAGACGAUAGUUAUCGAAUGGCGUUUCAGAAUCGACCCCAUUGUUAAUAGUUACCAAUAAAAGUAAUAUUCAAAUUGGCGGUUACCCGCUUUUGCUAAAUAAAAAUCUAUUUCAUAAGAUAUACCGGUACAACUCUUGGGAGAUUGUAUUCAACAAUUGUAAUACAAGCAGACAUACAGAUGUACGGUUGGCAAAUAAAGUGCCCGAUAUAUUUCAUAACAGAAAGGAAAAUAUCUCUGACUUUUUCCUGGCCACUUUGACAUUCUACUAUAUAACGAUACACCUAUCUUUGCUGACCGUACUUUCGCAUGUAUGCAAUUAAGUCUAUCGUGUAAAAAGCUAUACAGAACAUAUAAAAUUGUAUUAUAAUAAAAUUGAAUUUAAAUUCCGCACUAACAACUAUGGUGGUCAAACUCGCUUACGCAAUAAACAUUCAGAUAUUCAAACUGUAACCCAAAACAAACCGAUAUAAAGUGCACUUUCCUUCAACUAAUAUCCGUUUGCCUGUGACAAUAAAGGCGAGUUUGCUACUCAUAGCUCGUAUACAGCUAAUAUAGUCCUCAUUCGGAUACACGUGCAAUAGGCGUUCAGGAAUUGAUAUUUAUGAACCGGCGCACAUUAUAGUCAGGUUCCAGUAAGUGUCACUAGUCGGCGCUGCUAGCGCACGUUCGUUGAAAUUCAAAAUAUUGUAUUCUAAAUGUAAUAUUUUUAUUGUUUGCUUGCAUAAUAAUUAUAAUAGUAAUUAUGUGGUAUUGUCCAGUACAUACCACUAUGUUCGGAAAUAAAAAUCUUUUUAUUUCCAAUAAAAUAUUAAGAUAAUAAAUUUUUACGCAAUUUUAAUAUUUUUUGUAAGUUUAUUAUUUUCCAUUAUAUUUUAUAAAUUAAAAAAAUAAUGUAAUAAAAAACAGAUUUAAAUGUCAAAACAUUUGACAAUUAAACAAUCUGUUUUGAGUUAAUCUGUUUUGAGUGCAAUGCCAUCUAGUGGCAUAUUUUUUCUGUUAAAUUUGUAUUGCCAAAUUAAAAUAUACUCGCAUAAUAUUGAAAGCAAUUUGACUAUAAUGUAUGCCGAUUCUAACCUAUUUCACUAAAACUAAUCAUUAGACAAUCUGUUGUAAGUUUCUAGCCAAACCGUACCUGUUCAAUAUUGUCGCUAUCAAAAGGAACGUGUAUCCGAACUGUUAACCACAGCAAAUUGUAAUGUACAAAUACCAAUAGACCGAUGUCGUUCUGUUCUGGCUUUGUAUAAUUAUCUAUUUAGAGUGUACGCACAUCUGUCCGCACCGAAUGCGACGAAUUUUAUAAUUGUUUAUAUACAAUCUUACGAAAAGUCGGUAACUAAUUGAUGUAGGAUCCAGCUAAUCGCUACGAUUCGAAAAUCAAAUGCCGAAGUAACCGAUUUGGUGAUUCGAUAUCAUAAAGUGCCCAACUACGCACCGUUCAUGUAAUCGAAUCAUCGAAUCGAUUACUACGUGCAACGGAAUCCGGUAUUUCGUUGGACAGCGACUCUUUCGGCGUGGUCAGAUGUGGAUUCACCCUUAUACUUGCAUAUAUUCAGAUAAUGUAAAUGAACAGAACAGUUUAAAAACUUCAGUGCAUUUGAUAGCUAGCUAUUGAAAUGUUUAUUCUCGUAUGUUGUUAUAGUUCGCCAAAGAUUUGUAAAAUAAGAGAGUUAUGAUCACAAUUUUUUGGAGCGUCGCUAGUUAAUUGUUUUCUAUGUUUAUUUUAUUUUUUAUCGUUUUUAAUUUAUUGAAAUUAUUAACUUAUUAGUUUUAGCAUAAUCAGAUGUACUUACUUAGCCAAAGGUGACUACGUACGUAGACACAUUAUUAUGGAACUAAUACAAUAAUAAUUCGCCUACUUUGCAUGUCUAAUUUAGUUAAUGAACGUUUAAACAUAUUAUCGAGUUAUUAAUAUGUAUAUUGCUGAAAUAUUUCAAAACUAAAUUACUAUUCAAUUAUUUAUUAUUAUACACUUAUUACGUUUAGUAUGCUAGAAAUAUGAUGAAGGAUAAUAAAUAAUUUUAAUUAUAUUA